GUGAACAACAGAGGGAGCUCUGUAGGAGCUGUUGUCGUCCGUAACGGAGCGGAUAGGUGGGACCGAAGACAGAGGAAAAUAAGUGCUAGUAGCAGUGGGAAAUUAUUUCACAGCACUGCACCGGGACCACCGAUUAACUUGAAAUCGUUUUUGGAAGGCAGAACGUUUCCUUUCGUCUGUGUUACUGUCUACGGAACCAUUGUCACUAGCAACAGACGGUUCUGUUGCAUCAGUUUUGCAGAAGGUGACCCCCACCCCUUCGCCAAAAUCCGGCUGUUAGAUGUGACCACGAGGUUGAUCAGGAGAAGCCACCAUGUCUUAAACGCAGACGGGCCCUCUGGAGCCCUGUCCCCCCACCCUGGACCCCCCUCCCCCUCCCCCAUCCACCACCUUACCCCUUCUCCCAGCCCCAUCCCUCUCCCAGACCUCCCUCCACAUGUGAGGGACAGGCUACCCAGCUCUGGCUCCCCGCUGGCACAUCCCUCCCCUCCCUCCCUAGAGAUGAGCCUGCAGAAGCACCAGCAGUUGGGUGGUAGUGGUGGGGUGAUGGGCUCUGACCGGGACCUGCAGUCUACCGCCUCCUCCAUCUCUCUGCCCUCUGUGAAGAAGGCCCCCAAGAAGAGGCGCCUCUCCUUGGCUUCUCUUUUUAGAAGGCGAGGUCGGGAGCCCAAAUCAGGGCGCCAAAGGUCCAGAGAGCUCCAACACCCUGGACCUCUAGGGCUUGGAGGGGUGGAUGGCAUCGCCAGCAUUGAGAGCAUCCACUCUGAGAUGAUGUGUAAUGACAAGAACUCUGCCUUCUUCUCUGUGACUGGGACCGGAGCUGCCUCUGCUGCCGCUGCCUCCACCUCAUCUGCCUCAGGGCCUUCUUCCUCUGCCUCCUCCUCCUCCUCCUCCAAAGUGGGGAGUGGGGUGGGGGCAGAGCUGAUGGAGUGCCCGCUGUGCCUUUUGCGCCACUCCAGGGAGAGCUUCCCUGACAUCAUGACCUGUCACCACCGCUCCUGUAUCGAUUGUCUGCGCCAGUACCUGCGCAUUGAGAUCUCAGAGUCGCGUGUCAACAUCAGCUGCCCUGAGUGCUCUGAGCGCUUCAACCCUCACGACAUCCGCAUGAUCCUUGGUGACCGGGCGCUUAUGGAGAAAUACGAGGAAUUCAUGCUGAGGAGAUGGCUUGUGGCUGACCCUGAUUGUCGCUGGUGCCCUGCGCCGGACUGUGGGUAUGCAGUGAUUGCUUUCGGGUGUGCUAGCUGCCCCAAGAUCACAUGCGGCAGGGAGGGCUGUGGCACAGAGUUCUGUUACCACUGUAAGCAGUUAUGGCAUCCCAACCAGACCUGCGAUGCAGCACGACAGCAGAGAGCCCAGAGCCUCCGCCUCAGGACGGUCCGCUCAUCCUCCCUCAGCUACAGCCAAGAAAGUGGAGCUGCAGCUGAUGACAUUAAGCCAUGUCCACGCUGUGCUGCUUACAUCAUCAAGAUGAAUGAUGGAAGUUGUAACCACAUGACCUGUGCCGUCUGCGGCUGUGAGUUCUGCUGGCUCUGCAUGAAGGAGAUCUCAGACCUGCACUACCUGAGUCCAUCAGGCUGUACUUUCUGGGGGAAGAAGCCAUGGAGCAGGAAGAAGAAGAUUCUUUGGCAACUAGGAACACUUGUGGGUGCGCCCGUCGGCAUUGCGCUCAUUGCCGGAAUAGCUAUUCCUGCCAUGAUUAUUGGCAUCCCUGUAUAUGUGGGAAGGAAGAUCCAUAACCGCUAUGAAGGCAAAGAUAUCUCCAACCACAAGAGGAACCUGGUGAUCGCUGGUGGAGUGACUCUCUCAGUCAUUGUGUCUCCAGUGGUGGCUGCAGUCACUGUCGGCAUUGGAGUUCCCAUCAUGCUGGCCUACGUGUAUGGCGUGGUGCCCAUCUCGCUGUGCCGAAGUGGAGGUUGCGGCGUCUCAGCUGGGAACGGCAAAGGAGUUCGCAUAGAAUUUGAUGACGAGAAUGACAUGAAUGUUGGCAGUGGGGCAGCUGCCACUGAUACGACAUCAGUGGCAGACACUAGGAACAACCCCAGUAUAGGUGAAGGCAGUGUUGGGGGGCUGACAGGCAGCCUGAGUGCCAGUGGCAGCCACAUGGACCGUUUGGGGGCUAUCAGGGACAACCUGAGUGAGACAGCGUCCACCAUGGCCCUGGCUGGAGCCAGCAUCACUGGCAGUCUCUCUGGCAGUGCCAUGGUCAAUUACUUAAACAGGCUGGAGGUGCAGGCCGAUGUGCAGAAGGAGCGCUGCAGUCUGAGUGGUGAGUCUGGCACUGUCAGCCUGGGCACAAUCAGCGACAACGCUAGCACCAAAGCAAUGGCUGGAUCCAUUUUAAACGCCUACAUGCCCCUCGACCGAGAUGGGAACAGCAUGGAAGUCCAGGUUGACAUUGAAUCCAAACCCGGCAAACUGCGGCACCACAGUGGCAGCAGCAGCGUAGAUGACGGCAGCCAUGUUGGCCGCUGCGGCUGGACUUGCACCUCCAACGGCUGCAAUUCCUCAGAGGGCAAAGGCACCUCCACCAAGUGGGCCAAAGAGGCCUCCUGCUCCUCCUCCUCCAGCUCAGGGGGCAAAAAAAGCAAAGGCAAGCUGCGCAAGAAAGGCGGCGGGGGUACCAAGAUCAACGAGACGCGGGAGGACAUGGACGCUCAGCUGCUGGAGCAGCGCAGCACCAACUCCUCAGAAUUCGACUCUCCCUCACUGAGCGGCAGCCUGCCGUCUGUGGCUGACUCCCACUCUAGCCACUUCUCAGAGUUCAGUUGCUCCGAUCUGGAGAGCAUGAAGACGUCCUGUAGCCACGGCUCCGGCGGAGGCGACUACCACACACGCUUCGCCACAGUCAGCCCCUUACCUGAGGUGGAGAACGACCGCCUGGAGACCUGCCCCGCUUCUUCAUCCUCCUCACAAGGACACGGAGCUGUGAUCACACCCCAUUCCCCUACCUCCACCACCUCCUCCCUGGGCCACGGCGCAGAGCUCUCCCCUCUCUGCUUCAUCACAGAGGAGAAUGUCAACCUGGUGUGCCCUGCUGAGCUGGACUCUCACAGCAACACCAGAGAGCUGCUAAAAGAAACCAACAACAACCACCAACCACAACACCCAGCCCAAACCCAGCAGCAGCCCAAGAACUCCUGUAUACAGACUGACAUAUGAAAUCUCAAUACCUUAAGUGCUGCACAGAUGCUAUUUUUAGUUAACAUCUUUUCCUCCACUAAACUAACACACAGCUUACAGUUAAACCUGCAUCUUCUGUUAUUCUCUUGUAAAGGGGACAUGUUAUUUGGGGAUUUCUGUCCUUCAUGAAAAGCUACCGUGAGUAAAACAGACAUCUUUGUAUCCACUGACUGUCAGAGGGCUUGUUGGGAGUAUUAAUAGGUUUUCAAAGGGCAGCCAUGUCAGAAAUGUAAAGGUUGUGAAUGCUGGUGUUUCUCCCUGUGCGAACCACAGACUGCUGACACUUUUUUUUUUGACAGUUCACUCUCUCACCACUUGUAACAGAGACAGCCCACUGAUUUGGGCGCUGUCCUAUUGACCUGUGUAGGUUCAAAUAAAACCACUGUGCCGGCUUUGCUAGUAUUUGAUUUUGGCUCAACAAUGCGGAUGCAACACCAUGCAGGAAUCUUAAUGUUACAGCUUUCCAGAAGUGAACUCAAACAGGGACCAGGCAAUAUGAUUCACUAUUUCCUCUUUUUAUUUCCCCCAAAUAUAUUAGUGACAGAGGAACCUUAGUGUUCUUUUCUGUAUUUAUUAUUAGACUUUUUUUUGUCUUUUCCCUGGAUAUUUGUUCAGAAUUAAUCCUAUAAUGUAUAUUUAUAAGACCUGGGCUCAACAACCUACAUCAUUUUAGCACUAAAAUCAACUUGUUACACAACUGAGACUCUUCAGAUGGAUGGACACAGCUGUAGUCUCACUCUGGGAGAUGGUAUUUGACAGCUCUUUUGCUUGUUGGUAACCACAGAGUUUAGACCUGUAGCUGUGUGUGUUUUUAGUGCUAAGAUGACUGUGGAAACCCAGGUCUUGUUAGAAUCGUUGGAAAGCUUGUGAUGAUAUGUUUCGGGUGGGUGGGUAAGGGUUUGAUUUGAGAAAGGUCUCUGGAAGGCCACGGUUUUUCGAGAUAAUGCUGAAAGUCAUUAUAUUAACAUUAACCAAUGGGUUGGUCAAUUCUGUGAAAUUGUAUAAAGAAAAUGUUUUGUCCUGUUCAAAGGUGAUUUAUUCAGGCUGAUGGUCUUGCCUCACUGAGUAAAAGAGAGCUUUGAUAUCUUUCUUUGUUAACUCAUGGUGCCUUCAAGAAGCUGUUUGUGUUCUAUGUUUGUCUCUCUCCACUGUGUCUUCAAGACUCCAAACAACAACUCAUUAUAGGUUGCAGAAUGUCUGUCUGUGUAGGAGGGAUGCUCAUUCACAUACAGAACUUACUGUGGUAGACAUGGUAAAUGAAGACUUUUCAAUUGCCUACCAAAGACAGCACUCAGGCUCUUGUUAAAUCUUAUACCUUUGACUUGUCACCUGUAGACACAGUAUAGUGCAUCCUUUUUACACCAUGGGGGUAAAUGAGGACCCAGGAUUAUACAGACUUCUGUUUUGUACAUGCUUCACAAAUGCUACGCAAAUAACUGAGGCCACAGAUUGGCCCAAGGCACCUGCACUGUUACCUGUAUUUCUUAUUACAUUCAUGUUCUGCAAUGCACAAAGAUUAAUAGGGAUACAUAGGUUGGUUUUGGGUUAUCUUCCCUAUUGAUUUGUCCUGUGAUUUCUGUUCGUGUUGCCAAUCGGUGCUGCUGAGCAGACUUGAAGUCAAAUCCUGUUUUCAACACUUUGUUUCAGAGUGUUUGUUUAAGCCUGUCUUUACUGAUCAGUGGUCAGCUUUGUUGAGGCCACUGAGUCGGCUCAGGUGAACCUCUACCAGGUAGGCAUAAGCAUCUUGAAUGGUAUUUUGACCCAGGUCUGUUACUGAAUGAACACUGAGUUUGGUUUGGUGGGCGUGGCUACAUGCUGCAGUCCUCCCUGCAUUAAAGCAAAAUGUUGUUUUUGUUCUUCUUCCCUGGUAUAGUUUCUCAUUCUACAUCAAAACUCCAGUUUCUUGAUCCUAAUUUGAACACUAGUGCCAGAUAUAAUUUGUAAUUUGUGCAGAAUGGCAUAAGGUAUUUGUAUAUUUGUUUGGUAAUUUGCUUUACUAUAUGCGUGUAAAUGCAUAUCAGAAAAAUAAAAAAAAUAUAUAUGAAA